AUGCGUUCGAAACUGUGCCGGGGGCAGCGUCUUCUGCGGGAGGGAGGCCCAGCCCGCAGACGAUUGAGCGGGUCGUGCGCGGCGCUCUCCUGCUGGUCUGUGCCGCCGCUGCCGCCCACGGCGCCGCCUCCACCACCUCCGCCGCCGCCGCCGCGCCCCUCUGGCCCUGCUCCUCCGCGCACCGCCUGCCGGACGCCGGCGCCGACGCCGCCCCGGUCUACUUCCAGGUGCUCUCCGCCGCCGGAUGCGGGUGUGCGGGCCGCAGAGCGCAGCGCCGCCUUCGUGACGGAGACGAGAACGUGCUGUGCUGAGUCGACGGCGCCGUGGGGGCGGCUGCCGCUGCGCGUGGACGUGCUUCGCGUGCGUGGCCCAAACGCCACCGAGGAACUCGCGCCCGCGCCCCCGCCCACGCCCACGCCCACGCCGGUCACCUCCACCGAAGCAAACGCGGCUACGACGCCGGUGACUCGGGCAGCGGACGUGACGACCGGGGCUACCACGCGCGAACUGCCCGCGACAGCAGCUGCGGAGGCGGAGGACGACGAGGAGCAAGAGCGGGAAGCUGCUAUCACCACUCCGGGCACCACGACCGCCUCCGCCACUCCUGAUACCAACACGAUACCGGUCGACGUCGACUACGCGACGGACGAAAGCAUCAACCUUGUCUGAUGGCAACACUGGAAAGGGGGCACGAUCCAGAAAAAGACAUAUGCGAUACUAGUCCCAACUUACUUGCAAAACACGCAUUUUCAUAUUUCAAACUGGCACCUUAAAAAAUUAUGAAAUGUAAUAUUUUGUUCUAUGCAAAUAAUAUGUAACAUCAAUGUUAAGUUAUCUGUUGUUAAUUAUCUUGAAAUAAAUUUAAUAACAGCAACAGUCUCAGCUUGUUUGCCUAACUCAAACGACAAAAUGUAGAAUUAAAC